AAAACAAUGACAAUAUUUUCUCAUUUGUUCAAUGCUAAUAUAUUUUCUCAUAUCUUCAACUAAUUGAACAUAUGAGAUGAUGAACAUGACAGUCUUGUUCAUCAUUGUUCAGAACCUGUUGAACACUUGCUGAUUAUCCGCAUGGACCACAACCAAGAUCAGAUCCAUGCUUAUGCGAAAACAUAGAUGAUAUAACCUAUGAAUACCUGACGUAAUCAUGCAAAUUAGACGAAAGAGCAGGUGAACCUAAAAUAUGGAUCCUGUGAUUUUCAAUAUUCAUGAUAUGAUGAAAUUUCUUAUCCAUUUCAUCAAUCAUGGUCUCUCGACAGCUCCUACCUAUUUGCAGACCGACGAAAGUAAAAAUAAGUCGCCAACGCAUAACCGCGUGACUUUUAUCAACAGUUACUUUUAUUGAACAGUAAAUCAGUGAGUGAUAACCAUCCUUAUGAUGAAUAAUCAAUUCGAAUUAUCAUUAUGAAGCCUCUAAUCGAUUUACCUACUAUAACGAGAUUAUCAAAGCAAGUGAUAAGAAUUUUAGGAUGUAAUCCAGGAGUCAUGACAUUACAAGGUACAAAUACGUACCUUGUAGGUACUGGAUCCAAACGCAUAUUAAUCGAUUCCGGGGAAGCAGGAACUGCUGAUGAAUACAUAAAAGUAUUAUCUCAGGUUCUGAAAGAUGAACGGGCUACGGUAGAACAUUUAGUUAUAACUCAUUGGCACAUGGAUCAUAUUGGCGGAGCAAAUGCAGUUCAGAAUCUGUUAAAUAGUAUGAGCCCUACCGGGCACAAUACUAUAUGGAAGCUACCUAGAUCUCCAGAGGACGAAGGUCCCAGCAAAGAGGAAAUAGCCACUAACUGGCAACCGUUGCAAGAUAAACAAAUAGUGGAAGUAGAAGGCGCCAAGAUCAUAGUUGAACAUACACCCGGACAUGCCACAGACCAUGCCAGCCUUUUACUUAAAGAUGAAGGGAUAUUGUUCAGCGGAGAUUGUAUUCUUGGAGAGAGAACAGCCGUGUUUGAGGACCUACAGACUUAUAUACAAUCUUUGAAAAAGAUUUUGACAUUGAAACCUAAGGUGAUUUACCCGGGUCAUGGUUCGAUCAUACUAGAUCCCGAAACUAGUAUUAACUUUUAUAUUGAGCAUAGGCUGAAAAGAGAAGCUGCAAUUUUAGAUAUUCUGGAGAAGCAUUCCAAGAGCAGUACUUUAUCCGAGAUGGAUAUUGUGAAUCAUAUAUACACGGAUACCUCGCAGAUUAUGUGGGAAGCUGCAGCCUACAAUGUAUUAAUGCAUCUGAAAAAGUUGGUGAAAGAAGGCAAAGUUCAAGGUGAGAAAGGAAAAUGGCAACUUUCAAAUGCAACGUAAAUCUCAGGAGAAAAGUUAUGUAAUUUAAAGAUAUUAAUUUUAUUGACAAUUAGAGCAGCUAUUUUUAAAUUAUAUAUAUAUUUAUGUUAAAUAAAUAAAAUCGAUGGUUUAUUCUUUUAUAGCUUUAUUAAGCCUAUACUAAAUCCAUACCCAAGUUGACUGAAAAAAUUAUUGGAAAAGCAAUGCUGUGAAACAUUUAUUCAAUUUACAGGAGAAUAAAAUGAUAGUACAUGCUUGUAA